AUGGGACAAUCAAUUCUAGGUUGGAAACAUUGCAUUCCAGUAAUUGUUGUUGAUGGAACAUUCCUAAAAGCUGCAUUUGGCGGUACACUUCUCACAGCUUCAACACAAGAUGCAAAUAGACACAUCUUCCCAUUGGCUUUUGCUAUAACAGAUUUUGAAAACAAUGAUUCAUGGGAGUGUGUCUUUCCAAAUGUAACUCAUGGAGUGUGCUCCUACCAUCUUUUCUGCAACAUAAAGACCAAGUUUAGAACAGAUGCAGAAGCAACCAAUAUCGCAUUUCAUGCUGUUGCAAAAGCUUAUAACAUGGAAGAUUUUGAAAAAUACAUGAAGGACUUGGACAGUUUACAUGAAGGAAUCCGUCCUUUUCUGGCCAAUGAGGUUAAAUAUGAAAAGUGGGCAAGAAUCCACUCCAAAAGUCGUAAAUAUGCAGCUAUGACUUCAAACAUAGCUGAAUCCAUUAAUGCAGCACUAAAAGAAAUGAGAGAGCUUCCAGUAACAACAUUACUUGAGUGCCUUAGAAACCUGAUUCAAAAAUGGAGCUACAACAACAAAAAAGAAGCAGAAGCAACCUUUACAGAAUUGCCAAAGAAACAAGAGGAAUACUUAAGAAAGAACUUUGUCAAGUCAUUAAGAAUGACUGUAGAACUAGCUAGCACACUCAUUUACAGUGUACACAGUGGUUUAACAACAAACAUUGUAGACAUUGCAAAGAAAUCAUGCACUUGUAACAAGUUUGAUUUGGAUGAAUUACCUUGUGAACAUGCCAUGGCAAUCAUUAGAAAGAUGAACCUUCAGUAUAAAAAAUAUUGCUCAUAUUAUUUCACAAAACAAGCCAUGUUGAACACCUAUAAUGCAUCAAUACAUCCAUUGGGAGAUCCAAAAACAUGGAGAGUUCCACCUAAUGUUGAGGAAAUAGAAGUACUACCUCCAAAGGGAAACAAAAAAAGUGGAAGGCUAAGAAAAAAAAGGCUUGUUUCAGCAAGAGAAGGGUCUUAUCAGGUUAAAUGUGGAAGUACAGUGAUUGGAACAUUACUUAUCACUAUUACUUGUGAUAAAGCUUUAUGA